CUCCCACGAGUAACUUGCUCCUCAUCUUGUCUGGCAUUUACACGCAGAGCAUAGACCCGCCGCAACCAUGGGCAAGAGCAAGAAGUCCGAAGCGACCGCAGUAGAGGCUAGCGAGGGUGGUGACAACUAUGACGCUAAAGUGAAGUUCUGUUCGGUUAUCGCGAAGCCCCUAGCCGACGAGAAACUAUGCAAGAAGGUCUACAAGCUAUGCAAGAAGGCCUCCAAGCGGAAGCAGAUUCGCCGUGGCGUGAAGGAGGUUGUGAAGGCGCUCCGCAAGAACGCCAAGGGGAUAUGUAUCCUGGCAGGCGACAUCUCGCCAAUUGACGUGCUCACGCACAUUCCCAUCGUCUGCGAGGACCAUAAAAUCCAAUACAUCUACGUGCCCUCGAAGGAGGACCUCGGCGCCGCCGCGCUGAGCAAGCGGCCGACGUCGUGCUUGCUGGUGCUUCCCAAGCCCAUUAAGGGCGGCGACGGCGACGAGGCGGAGGCCAAGGAGUUCGCUGAGGCGUACACCGAGGUGGAGAAGAAGGUCAAGUCAGCGCAGAUUGUAUUCUAAAGCAGUGAUGUGUCCAGUUCAAUUAGUGUCGCAAGCAGCCAAAGCCAGCUAAGCAGUGGCACAGAGCAGCUGGAGCGGAGGCGCACCGCAGCCGGAGAAGCGCGGCGCAGCGGCGUCACUGCUGCGGGCUCCUAAAAGGAGUGCUGCUACUAUUGUGUGCAGCCCAGCGGUGCGUGUGGGGCGCAGCCCUGGUCACAGGCGUUGCCGCCCUGGCGUGUGCCGAGGCCGACGAGAGAAACGGCAGUCGGUGCGCGAUUCAUGUUAGCCCGUUGUGGGUAGCCCCUGCCUUGCGAUGGGGGCAGACCAACCUGGACACGGGAACGCACGUCCGAUGGGCUGGGGCACAGGCCUCCGCGGGGUGCUGUUGCGUCCUGUGGUGAAGCUGCUUGUGUGUGGUGGUCGUUGGCUGAAAGAGUAUGUGUGCAAUGUUUGUCCCGUCCCGCGUGGUUGCUCUGUACGUAGAACGUUACUUUUAAUGACCGAACGAGUGCCCAGAACCGGGCUUGCACGGGCCGAUGUACCGUAUUCGCACGCCGGUGUGGCGGAGUUGAAGCCUCUCUGCGAUCCGUGCCGCAGAGUGCUGUGUUGCAGGUGACUUAAAACAGGUCGCAGCCUUUAAAUCGGGAGGCGCUAUCGCAGUUGAAGGUAGCGCUUACAGUCGCCGCGGUUGGCGCAUGACGACGGAAUGACACGAACGACGCAUGUAGGCAUGUACUAAUCAUUAGGACCACUGACUUGACACGUGACACGAGUGAAUCUUGAGCUAGGGGCAGGAGGAGAGACAUACGGAUGGCAGCGCCGUUUGCCGUGCACCUUGCCAGCAGUGAAGCACGCGCUGUAAAGUGCAAAGAGU